UUUUUAUUAUAAAAAUGGAGCAACAGGAAAUUCCUGAAUUAGAUCCAUACAUUUAUCUAUGAUUGCUAGUCGGGAUUCCUGCUAGUGGCAAGAGCACAUUCUGACAAGAAAUUAUUACUGCUGCUCAAAGUUCAAGCCCUUCUUUAAAAAUCAUUCAAAUUGAAUAUGAUAAAAUUGAGGAUGAAAUUUCAUCAGAAUUUGAACCCGAAAAAUGGAAGGAAACAAGAUCUAUUGCCUUCGGAAAUAUUUCUAGCCUUCUUGAACAAAAAGUGUCAAUCCCGACAAUCAUUUUAGUAGAUGAUAACUUUUACUACAAAAGUAUGAGGAAAGAGUUUUAUAAGCUCGUAAUUCAGGCUAAUAAAAAUCUUGAAGAUACCAUUAGAUACACAGAGAUAUUUAUAGAUACACCUGUAGAAACUGCCUUAGAACGAAAUCAAAUUCGUGAGAGGUCUGUCCCUGAUACUACUAUUAUUCGGAUCAAUAAAAUCAUAGAGCCAGCUUACUCUUACUGCUACAAUGCCAGAUUCUCAUCUUUGCCAGAUUUCAUUGAAUAUUUACACACCUUACCAGUUCCACCUUGCCUUGAAGAACAAGAAAAGAUCCCAAUGACUCAGUCUGAAGCCCAUGAACUUGACUUAAAGCUCAGAAAAGUUGUAGGAAGUAUCUUAAAGUCCCACAAGCUCCCAAAAUCUGCAAUAAAGGCUUUGACUCAAUUAAAGAAAGUCUUUCUCAAAGAGGUGGCAGCAGGGUCUGAUAAAACCGAACAAGACUUCCGAAAUGAAGUUCAAAAUUUGAUAGAUCUACAUAAAUCCUCUUAAAUCUAUUUCGAUUUCUUCAAGAUUUCUAAAUUGGUAUUUGUACUGAUAUACUUUCCUAAUUUUACAUUAGACUAGUUUUAUCCACAUCUGCUAAUCCAGAUACAAACUCCUCUUCAUAACCAUGGAGUAUACCCUACUAGGAUACACCACUGCAAAUCUCUGUAUUAAAGCGAGGC